AUGUCUCAACUCAACUUCGUCACUCUCGAUGUCUUCACAUCAACACCCUAUUCCGGCAACCCGCUAGCGGUGGUCUUCCUCCCGGAAGACGAGUCCAGCGCUCUAACCCAGAACCAGAAGCAAACCAUCGCACUGGAAUUCAACCUGUCCGAGACUAUCUUCGUGCACCCAGUAGGCAGCGAUAAAAGCAAGCGCACCAUCGACAUCUUCACCACAGACUGCGAGAUCCCCUGGGCAGGCCACCCCACCAUCGGUGCAGCCUCAUGGUUCCUAAGCCUUUCAACCGACCCCGCAAGCGAUACGAACGUCACCACCCUCACCACCAAGUCCGGGGAUAUCCCCAUAUCCUUGCAGGACCGCGCGACGAAUCAUGUUACCGCCCAGAUUGCGCACAAUACGCGUAUCCAUGCUGCCAAAUUCAGCCUGAAGGAGCUGUUGCGACUGCACCCGACAUUGGCUCCGUUCUUCCCGCAGCUGGAUGUGACUUUCCCUCUCUUUUCGAUUGUCAAUGGAAUGAGCCAGUUAUUUGUUGAGCUUCCCUCGCUUGAGGCGUUGGCUGUUCUCACGCCCGCCACCGGCGGUGAGCUGAUUUCUGCGGCGGAGACCGUUUACCUCGAUGAGGGGUGGAGAGCGGGACUGGUCGUUGUGUAUUUCAUUGUCCGGGACAUCGAGGACAGUGUCACGCAGCAGAAGGUGAUUCGAUCUAGGAUGAUGCUGGGGAAUAUCGAAGAUGCCGCUACGGGCAGCGCAGCUAGUGGACUGGCGGCGUACCUGGCUCUUACGGAGGGAAAGCCUGGCCAGCAUCUUCAGUAUCAUGUUGUGCAGGGUGUUGAGAUGGGUCGUCGUAGUGAUAUUGGCGUUGGGGUGGAGUUGGAUGGCGAGAAGAAGAUCCAAAAGGUUGUGCUGACGGGCAGUGCUGUUAGCGUGUCGGAGGGUAAGGUGUUGGUCCCUCAAGCUUAG